AUGAGCCAGCUCCUAACCUCUCGUCAAGCAGAGGAAUUACACAAGUCCAUGGUCGCCUACUUGCUCUCGAUUGGCAUGACCGAAAGUGCAAACACCUUGCGACGAGAAGCGAACCUGGCCGACACCUUUGACGAUGUCACCGCCAAAAAGUAUGAGACCCUCCUCGAAAAGAAAUGGACUUCGGUGGUUCGCCUCCAGAAGAAGAUCAUGGAUCUCGAAGCCAAGAAUGUGGCCCUUCAACAAGAGAUAGAGACUGCUACACCGCUCUCCUCGAAUCGGAAAAUCGACCCCCAGACGUGGUUGCCUAGAGCUCCUGCCCGACACACCCUACAAGGUCACCGGGAUCCUGUUACCGCUGUCGCAUUCCAUCCGAUAUUCUCCUCACUCGCUUCCGCUUCAGAUGACUCUACAAUCAAAAUCUGGGACUGGGAGCUGGGAGAGCUCGAAAGGACUCUAAAGGGUCAUACUAAGGCAGUGCUGGAUGUCGACUUUGGUGGUCCAAGAGGAGGCACUCUUCUGGCCAGUUGCAGCAGUGACCUGACCAUCCGGCUGUGGGACCCCAGCGACGAGUACAAGAACAUCCGGACGCUGCCAGGCCACGACCAUUCCAUUUCCUCCAUCCGUUUUAUUCCUUCGGGUGCUGCCGGUGCGCCUCUAUCGGGGAACACACUGGUGUCUGCAUCAAGAGACAAAACACUUCGCAUAUGGGAUGUCACCACCGGAUACUGCCUGAAAACAUUGAAGGGGCAUACAGAUUGGGUCAGGGCAGUGGUCCCCUCAAUCGACGGUCGAUGGCUGCUAAGCGCCGGAAACGAUCAAAUACCCCGGCUGUGGGAUGCAAGCUCGGGUGAAGUCAAAAUCACUUUCUUGGGCCACGAGCAUGUGGUAGAAUGUGUUGCUUUCGCGCCAAGCUCGUCCUACGGCCACCUGUCGAGUAUUGCAGGUUACAAGAAGCCGCCUCCGGCGAGCAGUAGUGGAGAAUUUCUCGCCACGGGAGGAAGAGACAAGAUCAUCAAAAUCUGGGACAAUCGAGGAACAUGCCACAAGACAUUGGUGGGACAUGAUAAUUGGGUAAGGGGGCUGGUCUUCCACCCGGCGGGCCGCUAUCUGAUUUCAAUAUCUGACGACAAAACCAUUCGAUGUUGGGAUCUCUCCCAGGAGUGCAAAUGUGUCAAGGUGCUGGAUGACGCUCAUCAGCAUUUUAUCACCAGCAUCCGGUGGGCUCCCGAUCUCCCAACUCAACCAAGCUUGAAUGGAGAGACCAACGGUGUCGCAACUGCAGUCAAGAAGGAGGACAGUGGUGGAGGAGGCAAGAUCCGCUGUGUUAUUGCCACGGGCUGCGUCGACUGGAAUGUCCGUGUCUUUGCUGGAUGA